AUGGAGAAAGUGUGUUUUAUUUUGGCUCUGACAGCCAUCUACGGCGCUGUCGCUCAAAAUAUUCCUACUUAUAAGCAAUGGAUACCCAACACUAAUUACAACAAUCCCGAUAAUUGGAGUAAGAAAAGAUUGCCGUGCAGUCAAGAUACAAUAACAUUCCAAAAAAGCAACUACACGGUCUACCUUCAAAAUACUUUAUCGGUACAAGAAUUGAUUUUGCCUGUCGAUGGCGACUUUGUUCUUGAGGAAGGAUUUACUAUCGAAGCACCACCGACACCAUCGUCUUCACCGACUUCAUCUCCUUCAUCUCCUCCAUGUCAAACAGGUGGAUCGCCUAACGUUUUUAUCGGAGAUAUCCCUAAAAAUUGGUUCAACCCGUCUAACUGGUUCACUGUUGAUGGACCUACAGGAUCAAGCAUUCCUGGAAAGGUUGCUUCAAAUGUUAUGCAAACCGAACAGAUACCUUGCCUAACUGAUACGGCUAUUUUUCCGUCUAACGCUUUUGCAGUUAAUAUCACACUGCCAGUCAUUGUUGGCUCAAUUUUAAUUAAUGGUCAGCAGUAUCUUGGCCAGCAGUUUGCUAACUAUUUGGCCACACCUGUAGCUCAAAAUCAGUUUUAUUUUGGAUUUGGAGCUUCUGUAACUGUCCAAGAUAGCACUUGCACUAAUAGUUCAGGAUGCCCGUGUGGUUAUUCAGGUGGAGUGUUUCAAUAUGAAAUAUGUAGGCAAUCAAUUUGUCCGCGCAUUUCUUGUUCCAAACCGCUUGCUCCACCUCUUGGCAGUUGUUGUAAAAUAUGCGGAACCGUUAUGCAGUUUUCCAUUUCUAGUACCUUUAAUAUUACCGAAUUUGAGCAACAGAUCAAAGUGUCCUUCUUAAAUGCCGCAACCAACGUAUUAUACAACAUACAAACUACGGCGAAUGGAACAGUUUUGUUGAUUUUACAAGAUACUAAUAAUGGAAGUACCUCAGGAACUGCUGCUAUUAAUGUAGGGAAGAAUAUUUUUGAUAAGAUUCGUUCAGGUUGGUAG